CCCUUCUUCGGAGCAGCUGACCAACUAUAAAACCCUGUGACUAUUGGACAGCAAUUCAAUCAGUUUUCAACAGCCGACAAGCCGACGACACACAAUGAAAACCUUCGUGAUUUUGGCUCUGGCCGUUUGCGCCGUCUCCGCAUUACCUCAAGGAAGAGUUGCCGUCGAUGAAGUGGCCGUCGAGCCCGAAGCCAAGAGCACCACCACGCCGGUGCCCAUCAUUAAGCAAAUCAACAAGGUGAACGACGAUGGCUCCUACACUUUCGGCUACGAGGCCGGAGAUGGCUCCUUCCGUAUUGAAAAGAAGGAACUCAACGGCUACGUUAAAGGAAAGUACGGCUACGUCGACGAAUUUGGCGUUCUCCAAGUCCUCGAAUACGAGACGGGCAAAUCGGCUGCAAACAAGACGCUCGGAUUCCAGACCUCCGGAGCUUUGAACCCGUUCCCCAUCGUCGUCGGCGAGAGGACCGAGGCCCAGAAAUCCAAAGACAGGGAAUACUCCAGCGUUGAUGACAACGAAGAUGGUAUCCCCGAUGACCAGGAAGGCCGCGCUCGCCGCCCAGUGCCCGCUGCCCAGCAGCCCUUCUUCAUCCCGACCGAGACUGGCGCACCUGCUGCCGGCCGUGUUGAGAGGAUUUAAGAAAAUCAAUCAAAAUAGUAUCUUGUUGCUGCACAUUUUCUUUUCGUUUCCUAUAUUCUGUCGCCCCUCCCCCCAUUUUAAUUUGGCUAGGUCAACUAGCAUGAGAGUGUGAGACUUGACGAUGUCCACCAUAGUCUUUUAUAUCUACUUCCCCAUCCCCCCCACAGUCCCUCCAAUUGCCAACCAGAACAUUUAAAAAUCAUCACCAAUGUUGACUUUGUCCCUUUUUUGCUUCAAAUCGAAUAAAAAAAAGGAUUUCUGUCGUGACUAAA